AUGAGUUCCAUUCCUAGAAGAAGUCUCUCCUCCCUCUCCGAUCAUCUUCUCUUCCGCCUUCAAAACUCUUCCAUAAAUCUCAGACACUUGCAGCAAAUCCAAGCUCAAAUUCUUACAAACAUACACCUCCAAUCCAAUUCUCUCAUCACCCAUUUCCUCUCCUCCUGCGCUCGAUCCCGAAAACUCGACAACGCUUUGCUUUUUGUGCAAAACCUACGGAGACCCUACUUGUAUGCGUGGAAUUCAUUGAUUCGAUUGUCGGUAGAAUCGGGUUCGGGUCAACAGUUUUUGGGCUUUUAUAGCAAAAUGCUGCGUCAAAAUGUCGCCCCAGAUAAAACCACAUUUUCUGCAGUUCUUCAUGGGUGCGUUGUUUUUUCAGAAAUCAAAGUAGGGGAGGCUGUUCAUUGCCAGAUUCUGAAAAUGGGUUUUGAUUUUGAUCUGUUUUUGCUCACUGGGAUAUUGAAUUUUUAUGGAAAGAUAGGAGAUUUAUGCUCUGCGAAGAAAGUGUUUGAUGGAAUGCCUGAAAGAGAUGUUGUGGCACAUAAUGCAAUGAUUGGAGUGUUGAGUAAGCAUGGGCUUGCGUCCGAUGCACGAAGACUGUUUGAUGAAAUGCCAGAGAGGAAUUCGGCGUCCUGGAAUUCCAUGAUUACUUGCUAUUGCAAGUGGGAUGAUGUCCAUUCUGCAAGGAUGAUCUUUGACCAAAAUCCUGUCAAAGAUGUGAUCUCAUGGAAUGCGAUAAUUGAUGGGUAUUGUAAGUCAGGUCUUCUGGAGACAGCUCAGGAGUUGUUCGAUCAGAUGGGGUCCGCAAAGAACUCGGUGACUUGGAAUACGAUGAUCACAGGCUAUGUUCAAUGCAGGGAGUUUAACAGAGCGAUUUCGAUGUUUCAACAAAUGCAAGUGGAGAAUGUGAAGCCGACUGAGGUAACCAUGGUUAGCUUGUUGUCUGCCUGUGCUCAUUUGGGUGCUUUAGAUAUGGGUAGAUGGAUUCAUGCUUAUAUAAAACACCACAAUUUUAGAAUUGAUGUUGUUUUGGGUAAUGCUCUCCUAGACAUGUAUUACAAGUGUGGGAGUAUAGAAACCGCUCUUGAAGUCUUUCAUGGGCUGUCCAGGAAGAAUGUCUAUUGUUGGAAUACAAUUAUUGUAGGAUUAGGAAUGCAUGGUUAUGGAAAGGAAGCCAUAGAUGCUUUCGUUGCGAUGGAGAAUGAGAGGACUAGGCCCGAUGGAGUCACCUUUGUUGGGCUCUUAUGUGCAUGUAGCCACUCGGGUUUGAUCUCUGAGGGCAGGCGGUUUUUCUCUCAGAUUGGGGUUUACGGCAUCGAACCGGGGAUUGAGCACUAUGGAUGCAUGGUCGACCUUCUUGGCCGAGCAGGGUUCCUUGAGGAAGCAUUGAAACUCAUAGAGACCAUGCCCAUGAAGCCUAACUGCGCAGUAUGGGGGAGCUUACUCCGUGCAUGUAGGAUUCAUAAAGAUGCAAAACUAAGUGAGCAAGUGACCAAACAUCUCUUAGAGUUAGACCCUUGCGAUGGGGGGAAUUAUGUGUUUUUGUCAAACGUGUAUGCAUCAAUGAAUCGUUGGGAUGAUGUGGAGAGCUGCAGAAAGAUGAUGUUAGGGAGGGGGGUCCAUAAAACACCUGGGUGUAGUUUGAUUGAGGUGAACAAUGUUGUCCAUGAAUUCGUGAUCGGUGACACGUCCCACCCGCAGUUCACACAGAUCAGUGCAUUUUUAGAUGAGAUUGCUAUGGAAUUGAGGGAUCUUGGGCAUGAACCUGAUACAACCUCGGUUUUCCAUGACAUUGAAGAGGAGGAGAAGGAGAAUGCCGUUAGAUAUCACAGUGAGAAGAUCGCUAUUGCUUUUGGGGUUAUGAGCACGGGACCGGGUAAGCCGAUUCGGGUGGUGAAGAACCUCCGUAUGUGCAGUGACUGCCAUGCUGCUACUAAGCUUAUGGCUAAGUUGUUCAAGAGGGAGAUUAUUGUGAGGGAUCGCAACCGUUUUCACCAUUUUCGAGAUGGUUCCUGUUCUUGUAGGGACUACUGGUGA